AAUCGGCAUGACUCACGCCAACCCGAUCUACGGGCCCAAGCUCGCCGAUCGCCGAAUCUCCAUCUCGGAUGGACACAGCUCGCUCCGAAUGACGCUCCGAUCUCUCUCCAUCCCCGACCCGGGCGCAGGGCGCAGCGAUGAACUCACCGGGCACGAGCAUGAACGAGCAUGAACAACACAUCCUUGAGGCAACGGUGGAUGAUGAGUGGGCGCCGAUGGAGUGCGACAAUCUCUGUCAUGGAUCAUGGAAGAACCUGUCCCACCAGUCAACUGCAAGAGCUCAUUAUCGUCGGAACAGCAUCACAAUGCAUGCGCCGUCAAAGAAACAACCCGAGCGAUCUAGGUGGCGCGGGGCACCAGGUGACGCUCGGAAUCUUCGUUUCGAAUUUUCGCUAUCAGAUCACAGAUCAGUGCCCGCAUCGCGCUCGCUAACUAGUUUCCCGGGAUCAUGUGACUCGGGCCCGCAUAUACCAAAUCAACCUCGGGUGCGCCGACGGUCACUCUCGGCAUCUUGGCUGCUCGCUUGCGCUGCUGCAAUCCUACAGGCACAGCGAUCGCCCACCCGGCGAGAUAUCGGGGCGUGUUGCGAAUUUGCGGGCCGGCGUUGCUGGGCUGCCACUGGUGGAAUGGCGGGCUCGAGGGGUCGGAACCUGCGAACAUGUUGCUGGAACAAUCGUUCGGCUGGGAAUGCUGGGCGCCACGAAUUAAGUGGCGGACGGCGGCAUGCUAGUGCCCUCCGACAGCCAUACGCACCCACAGAUCAGCAGAACAUCUGGGCUGACGCCAACACCGUUGUUCUAGCGCCCCCAGCGGCCAUCCUCUGAAAACGCCGUGAGAUGUGGCUGCCGGUGUUAACUGUGGUGCGGAAAGCUAUCCCAGGCAAGCGAGUGAGCGGGCGAACGACACGGCGCCCGCGGCGGCGCCGAGACUAGCUGGCGACGAUUCAGAGGUGUCACGUGUGGGUUAUCGCAGGCGGCAC